GCUGUUGCAGAAGCUGCCUUUGGCAGCCGAUUUGUGUGUGAUAGGUGGUGGUGCCGCUGGCUUCUAUGCAGCAAUCAGCUUUGCAGAAAGAGCAAUUUCCAAUGGAUACCGAAAAGUGCCAGAUAUUCUGAUUUUGGAAAAGUCCGGUAAACUGCUUCACAAAGUAAGCAUUUCAGGUGGAGGAAGAUGCAAUGUUUUGCAUAGGCAUGGUGUGCCUCAGAACAGUUAUCCACGAGGAGCUAAGCUAAUGGAGACUCUGGCAACCACCCAUGGAGCAAUACACUCUGCUCGAUGGUUUGAAAGCAAGGGUGUUCAGCUCAAGACCGAGGACGAUGGUCGAGUCUUCCCAGCAUCCAACACUUCCAAGAGCAUCGUGGAUUGCUUUUUGUCAACAGCUGGUUCUUUGGGAAUCAAAGUGUUGCUCAGCACCAAGGCGCUGACAGUGGACGCGAAUGAAGCAGGUUUCCACAUAGUUGAAUGCGAGGGGACGAGAGGCGACAACCAACAGAACCAACAGAUUCAUUGCAAAAGGCUCGUAAUUUGUACUGGUUCUGCUCAAAAACGUUCCGUCCAAGCUCUGCUGAGGGAUGCAGGUGCAGAAAUUCGACCUGUGGCCCCAUCUUUGUUUUCACUGCAAUUCUCAACAACGGCAGCUUCCAGAUUUCGAGGCUUAGAGGGUGUGGCAGUGCAAGACGCUGGUGUAAAGAUCAAUGCAGAGAAGGGCGUGUGGAAAGGGUCCAACCUAUGUACUCCGCAGAUUCGCGGGCCCGUUCUUAUUACUCAUGAAGGAAUCUCAGGGCCAGCAAUCCUCCGACUGUCUGCGUGGGGUGCGUAUCAAUUUCAAGAAGUUGAUUAUAAGGCGAUGUUAGACAUCAACUGGGCUCCCUACCUCACAGAGAAAGGCAUGGUAAAUUCCAUCAUGGAAGUACCAGGGGGGCGUGCAAACCAGCCUCCAGUUCGUCGAAAAGCAGUGGGGGAGGUAUCGCCAUGGCCAGGCGUAUUGCCAGCUCGCUUAUGGCAGCGGCUGUUAGAACAUGCCGAUGCAGACGGUGACCUGACCAGCCACUUGAGGCAGCUUUCGGUUUUUGACAGUCCUGGAUGCAAAGCAAUUCUCAGUCAAACACCUUCUGUCCCAGUCAGCCAAUGGCCAUGGCGAUUCUUCGGAAAGGCAGAAGCAGCACAAGCACUGUCCAAAGUCAUGCUACCUCGAAUAACACAAGAUCAAAUCAGCGUAGCAGGUCGACGCACGAACAAGGAGGAGUUUGUUACAGCUGGUGGAGUUGACCUAAAUGCAUUGGAUUGGAAAAGGAUGGAGUCAAGGUCGCGGCCUGGUAUCCACUUCGCAGGUGAGGCUGUAGAUGUUGAUGGAAUCACUGGAGGUUUCAACUUCCAAGGUUGCUGGUCCAGCGGCUAUGCUGCAGGAGUCGCAGCAGCCGACUCAUUGUAUCCGAAGGAAGCCCACUGAGUCCCCAAUGGACAAAUCUGGAAACACGGGAACCUAUUGAAUCGUAUGGGUUUUCAGGAUGCAAUGUGGCUUGAGCCUUUCGCGCUUGAAUCUUGAUGUCAUCAGAUGCUUUGUGCAUGCCUUCCAAUACAUGAGCGAUCAUGAGCGGGUUUAAGCCGUGGCAACAUGGGAGUGCCAGCAGAGGCGUCCAGCCGAUGGAACUGUAGUUGGGCCGUCAGGGGACUCUCCAGGGCACAGCCAAGACAUGUCCAAAGGUUUUGAAUAUUUUCUAGCUUUGCCUGGGAGAGUCCCCUGUCAGCGCAGCUAUGGUAGCAUCGUAAGCAAAUCAAGUAUAUUGGUAGCACCGCAGUAGUGUGACAGUGCUCUGUCAAAUGCUCUUCGACAGAAUGUCGGAUUCAAGAAAUGUGUUGGAUUCACCGGAGAGACCGUCAAAGGUGAUAGACCGUGUAUGAGCCUUCCGGGCUGCACAGCAUGCCUAUCAUUUGUCGUUGCGCAACAACUUGCAAUGGCGAGGGUAUUGAAGUCGUGGUGGUGGAGGC